GGAAGUGCGCGCGCGCCCAGCCCGCUCGCUUCCGGCCUUUGUGGGGCGCUGUCGGCGGCUCGGGCUGUGGGCGGUCUGCGGGCCGCGGCCUUUCGUGCCUCUGGAGGGACCCUUAUGCAGUGCCCGCGGGCAGCGGGGGAGCGAGCGUGCGGCCCUGUGCCCUUGGCGAGCCGUGGGACGCGGCGGGUCGGCCGCGGGGGGAGGAGCGGAGACUGCGCGCGACCCCAGGGCCGGGGUGCUGCGGCGGCCGCGCCGCUGACGGCAGCGUUUCCGCCGGACGUGCGGCCACUGCAGGAGAGGCGACCGAGCCAGGGUGUCCCGACGCCCUGAGACGAUCCGUUUGCUCCAGGUGUUGGUGUACUCCCGUCGCCCUUCGUUCUAGGACUCCGUGCGGGGGCUUCCUGCCGGGCCGCGCUGUUGGUUUGUAAACUCCUCAGGCCACGUCGUACCUUUUACUCAGUCUCUGUAGAUUGGUCUGUUCUUAACUCUUGCAAUCGGAGCGUUUCCCGGAGUAGCGUGAAGUAACCUGGAGGUGGCGUGCAAAGCACGGAAGUAAAGUCUUAGCAUUUGCAGUUUUUGCCUGCGGUGUAGCUUGUGUUAGAAGGGGCGGCUUCUCCCUCACGGCCACCCAGGGAGAUCUUAACGGGGAAUCUUGCUUGCAGCACUGAUAAAGCUUUUGCACAGCUAUGAUGGCAUCUACUUGGGCUCUCCAGGCCCACGAGGACCAGGAUGACCUUUUGGAAGUAAAGAUUGAGGAGGAGGAGAAGGACACCCCUAGACAGCAUCAGAUCCUGCAGAAGAACAACACCCACAGCAGGGAGGUCUUCCGACAGUACUUCCGGCAGUUCUGCUACCAGGAGACCUCUGGACCCCGCGAGGCGCUGAGCCGGCUGCGGGAGCUCUGCCGCCAGUGGCUGCGGCCGGAGAUGCACAGCAAGGAGCAGAUCGUGGAGCUGCUGGUGCUGGAGCAGUUCCUGACCAUCCUGCCCGAGGAGCUGCAGGCCUGGGUGCGGGAGCAGCAGCCGGAGAGCGGGGAGCAGGCGGUGGCCGCGCUGGAGGACCUGGAGAGGGAGCUGGACGAGCCAGGAGAACAGGUCUCAGUCCACACCGAGGAACAAGGCCAGCCCUUGGAGGAGACGGCCCCUCUGGGCACAGAACAGGAGCCCGGCGUGUCCCUCCCACCCCUGAUGGCACAGCCCAAGUGUGAGUCUCCAGAACCUGAAGCCCCGCUGGAGGAGCCAGUUUCAGGUGUUGAGACUGGGAACGAGUACGGGAAUUUAAAGCAAGAAAUUUCUGAAGCAAUGGAACCACAUGAAAACAUGUCUGCAUUUAAACGUGAAGUGUUCUGGCCUGCUCACUGCAGAGAAGCUGAUGAUCCUGAGGCAAAACCAGAAGAGUCUUCUGGACACUCCAGGGAAAAUGAACAACCUAUAGGUGAAGAAAACCGAGUCCUUCUGGAUGAACAACAGAGGUUCUGUCCGGGAGGAAAACCUCAUGAGUGCGAGGAGUGUGGGAAAGCCUUCAGUCAGCACUCGCGCCUUGUAGAACAUCAGAGGGUCCAUACUGGAGACAGGCCUUACAAGUGCGAGGAAUGUGGAAAAACAUUCCGUGGGAGAACUGUGCUUAUCCGGCACAAAAUAAUCCACACUGGAGAGAAACCGUAUAAGUGUAAUGAGUGUGACAAAGCCUUUGGCCGGUGGUCAGCUCUUAACCAGCAUCAGAGACUUCACACAGGAGAGAAGCACUACCACUGUAAUGAGUGCGGCAAAGCCUUCAGCCAGAAAGCAGGCCUCUUUCACCAUCUCAAGAUCCACACGAGAGACAAACCGUACCAUUGUACUCAGUGUAAUAAGAGUUUCAGUCGGCGUUCGAUACUUACUCAGCAUCAAGGAGUUCACACUGGGGCGAAGCCCUAUGAGUGCAGCGAGUGUGGAAAAGCCUUUGUGUAUAACUCAUCCCUGGUUUCCCACCAGGAGAUCCACCACAAAGAAAAGUGCCAUCAGUGUAAGGAAUGUGGGAAAUCCUUCAGCCAGAGUGGCCUUGUUCAGCACCAGAGGAUCCACACUGGGGAAAAACCUUACAAGUGUGAUGUAUGUGGAAAAGCCUUUAUUCAGAGGACGAGUCUUGUAGAACAUCAGCGAAUUCACACUGGGGAGAGACCUUAUAAAUGUGAUGAGUGUGGGAAGGCUUUCACGCAAAGAUCCGUCCUCACGGAACAUCAGAGAAUCCACACUGGAGAGAGGCCCUACAAGUGCGACGAGUGUGGGAACGCCUUCCGAGGAAUCACCAGCCUCAUCCAGCACCAGAGAAUCCACACUGGGGAGAAACCCUACCAAUGUGAUGAAUGUGGCAAAGCCUUCAGACAGAGGUCAGAUCUUAGUAAACACCAGAGAACCCAUGCUAGAGGUGGUCCUUGUACAGGUAAAGAGUGUGGGGAGUCGUUCAGGCAGACCUCAGCUCUUACUCAACAUCAGAAGCAGAACACCACAUUCCUCUUCUCCAAAGUUGACGGUUUAGUUGGAGAUAGCUAAGAUCUGCAUGUGAGGUUAGGUGAGACCGCAGCAGGACAGGAGAAAUGACACAGGUCCUGUGUCUUGGAAGUGGCUUGUGGCACACAGUAAGUGCUGUCCAUCUGAGAGGACGGACCGCCGGUGCCUCGGGGGGUCAGGAAAGAUCUUACUGACACUAAGGAUUGGAUGGGCAGAAUUGGAGGGCAAAAUGGAAAGCAUUUAGGGUGAAGGAAAUAUAGGCAGAGGCAAGAGCGCUCGUGAUUUGGAAGCACGCGAGUCGACCUGAGGUACGGGGUCAGUUCAGUUGGGCAGUUGUUGGCGGUACGUUGGCAACGGAACUUGGGGACAGACUGGGAGGGCAAGAAUGCCUCUUUGACUUCAUUCCUAAAGUGUCUCUAAAAUUAUUGGCCAUUGGAAAGGUGAGGACACUCUUGCGUGCAGAGACGGUGAUGUAGCUACAGUGUCACAAGGGAAAGCCCAGCCACUGAAGUGUAGGUCUCUGACCUCAAGUCCUGUCCGUUGCUCUAGGGAUCCCUCCACUUCACUGAGGAGAACGCCCGAGUCCCACUCACAGACCUUCUGCCUCACUGCAUUGAAUCCCAGCGGCCUUCAUGGUUGCCUGUGGAGCGUGGACAUGGGAACACUUGCCCGUAAGCAGGCACCACUGCUGGUUCAGAGCAUAAGGGAAGCCCGAGAGCGGACAGGUGCCAGCAGGACCAUAGAGAGCACAGGGAACCUGACCACCAUCCCGCUGUAAGGGCUUCAGGCUGGCCUUUCCACCUCUUCAAAUUUAAGGGCAUCAAAAUAGGAGACUGACCUACAUUCGAAGGCUCCUGGGGUCGUCUGAGCACAAGGCUUCGCGGUUAGUUAGGGAGGGCACUAGGGUUCUCUUUGCCUCUAACCUCUCUUUCCCCCAGUUACGUAGUUCUCAUGUUCUCAAUUCCCUAACAACUGCUCUGCAGAACUGGUUUACAAUUUCUUGGUUUGCAUACCUUCUUGAGCAUAUCAAAGAGCCAAAGUUAGUGACUGUCUCUUGGGACUCGUUAGAACAGAUGAGCCGAUGACGGUUGGCUCUGCUCCUGUUCUACUGGGUGAGCAGUUCCAUCCCGGACGACGGCCUGUGGCCAUUACUGGGGGUAGCCGGCAGCCACAGAGAGGCGCACGUGGCUCCUGGUCUGUCUGUCUUCUUUACAGAGGAUUUUUGACCUUCACUGAGCUGUCCUUUGAUUUCCUUCCCUUGCUACCUUGGCAUGGCCGACUCUGCAGCUUCUGAGAUUAACCCCUCACCCUACACAACUCCAGGGUCCUCUCACCCCUCACCUCUAGCCGCUGAGUGGUCUGAAGUGGUGAGGAAAGGGGGAGGGGAGAAACGGAUAAUGACCCUCCUUUAAGCUCCUAACUGCUGUGUACCUAGCCCCGAGCCUCCAUCCCAUCUCCUCCCGGCUCCUGUAAUGCACUCUGCCACCUUUCCCCAUGGCCCCCGUCUCUGGCCUCUGUCUGUCGCCCUGUCCAGAACACAAGAGUAUUAUCACUGGUUUGGAACCAGAAGAGUCCCUGGAGAAAUACUUGUGAUGUCCCUUCUGAGCUGUAAGUGUGAGCACGUUUUCCCAUAAAAAUAACAAUGGUGUUAGUACCAUAACGGGCAUAUUAUGACAUGUGUCAGAUUUGCUUUGGGAUUGGAAUUUACGUGACCAUGGGAGAACAUUCUGAGUUCACAACAGAGCAAAGCCCGUGAACAUUUGAAAACUCAGUCACAAGUUGAGGACUUCUUAUUUAGGUGUUUUUUCCUAAGACCAGCCUGGGAGCUGCGCCCAUGAGACACUGAGGCAGCUGGGGUUGGGAACUAACGCUUUUUUACAUCCAGGAAACAGUUUGUUGCCCCGAGUGAGCCUGAGAGCUCCGAGCUGUGUGUGUUCCUGUUCCCUUUCCCAGCUCGGCCUGCCUUGCAUCUCUCACUCCCGCACGCUCCUCGGUGCUUAGUGACGAGAACCUGUAUGGGCAUGUCUCGUCACCGGAUCGGACUUCAGACAUGGUGGCCAAACUGACGUCACUCCUAGGAGUCCCUUUGAGCAUUUCGAAGCCUACUGCUCAUGGGAACACGGUUCUUUUUUAUUUUUUUAUUUUUAAAAGAUUUUAUUUAUUUGACAGAGAUCACAAGUAGGC